AUGGCGAUGUCCUCUGUCGCCCACACAUGGCCGUAUAUAACUGAAAACACCUCAAUGUCCCAAAGGAUAGCCCCAGCCCAGAGGAGGUUCCAGCUCCCCUCGCUAACUCCCGUCCAGACUCCCUAUGGGCAGAUCUGGAGGGCACCUACUUUUUAUUACUACAGCCCUGGGCCCACGGUCGACCACUUAAAUGAGUCGGUGCUGCGUCGCUGCGUUGCACCACGGUACCUGUGUUUCCUGCUGCUGCUGCUGCUGCUGGUGAUGGUGAUUGCUCUCCUUGUACCCCUGAUCAUCUUCGCCAUCAGGGCCAACAGCAAGGGCUGCACGGAUGGCCUCCAAGCAGAGCGGGAGUGUCAGAACCUCACGCGAUACGUGCAGCGCCAGCUAACCCAGGCCCAGGAAGUCUUACACAAGACGGAGGUCCAGGCCACCACCUGCAACCUGACGGUGGUGACCCUGAGGGAUUCUCUGAAGAUGGAGCAGGCCCAGGUGGCAGAGCUUCAGGGAGAGGUCAAGAUUUUGAAGCAGAAUUUGGAGGACACUUUGGAGGAGGUGCAGCGACUAAGAAGAGGGAGUGAGGCCUCAGCUGAGAACAACUCUUCUAGCUGCUUGAGCGUCCUGUUCGCUGUGGUCGUGGUCGUGGUCCUCAAGGCUCUGCUGAUCUGAGGUCCCAGGAAGCCGGCCGGCCACAACCUGGACUGGUCCUGUUCCCUCUCUGCUUCCCCCUUUGAGGCUUCCUGACCUGACCCAUUCUGAGGGGACCGCAUGGCAACACGGUUGUGGGGAGGAGAGGGGGGAAUGGGGUAGCCUAAGGGGUCCAUGGGGCAGCUCUGGAGGGAUACCUUGGGCAUCGAGAAGUAGUAGAGUUGGCCCAAGGCUGCCCUAGAGCUGAAGAGGGCAUGGGGGUGGAAGGUGGGGCACCUGCUUCUUGCUGACAUGGUUUCUAGAAAGUCACUUUAUUCUGGGGUCUUUGGGCUCCAGAAAUGUAAACACCCCUCUUGGGGGGGAAACUUUAUUCUCAAGUUUUUGGAGUGUUAUUGUGUCACCCCCAGGCAUGUGGGGCGGCUACCCUGCGGGCCAGGGUGGACACCCAUUGACAUCCACAUCCAGCUUUCCCUGCUCUAGAAUGUUCUCAGGAAUCCCUGAGGUUCUGGCAGUCACCACCCCACUGCCUCCCCAGCCCUCUUGUCCAUUUGGAUCGUCUUA